AUGUGGACCUUUCUGGGUAUCGCCUCCUUCAUCUACGUGUAUAAAAAGUGUGGAGACCUCAUGACUUACGCUAAUAAGGAGGUACUGCUCUCCGUGUUAGUGUUUUUCUCCCUCGGCUUGCUGCUGUCGUACAGGUACCGUUUCAGGGGGCCCAAGCAGCAGCAGCAGCGGAAGACCCAGCUGGGGAUGCUCUCUGACGUUCUCUCAGCUUUACCACUUGUUGGCUUCUUCUGGGCCAAACCCACCCCAGGAUCUCAACAAGUUGAACAGCCCAAAUCCAGAAAGGGUAAAAGAGAAGUAAACUUCCCAGAUGUAUAUCUGACAGAGACUGCUCCAAAUGCAACAUUAUCACCUCAAUACAAUCCAGAAAUUAUCAUUGUGGGAUCAGGUGUCCUUGGUUCUUCCUUGGCCGCAGUGCUCUCGAGGGAUGGAAGAAAGGUGACUGUGAUAGAGAGGGAUCUGAAAGAACCUGACAGGAUAGUUGGAGAAUUGUUGCAACCUGGAGGUUUUAAUGCACUUAAAGAGUUGGGUCUUGAAGAUACAGUAGAAGGUAUUGAUUCACAAACAGUAAAUGGUUACAUAAUUCAUGACAUGGAGAGCAACUCGGAGGUUGAAAUUCCUUAUCCAAUGUCUGAGGAUGGCCGUGUGGCAAGUGGAAGAUCUUUUCAUCAUGGCCAGUUCAUCAUGGGUCUCCGAAGGGCAGCUAUGGCAGAGCCCAAUGCAAAAUUCAUUGAGGGGACUGUGUUACAAUUGCUUGAGGAAGAUGACUGUGUCGUGGGUGUUCAGUACAGGGACAGAGAAACUGGAGACACUAAGGAACUUCAUGCACCACUUACUGUUGUAGCUGAUGGACUUUUCUCCAAGUUUAGAAAAAACUUGGUCUCCAGCAAAGUUACUGUUUCAUCCCAUUUUGUUGGUUGCAUUUUGAAGGAUGCACCACAGUUUAAAGCUAAUUAUGCUGAACUUGUUUUAGCUAAAACUAGUCCAGUGCUAAUCUAUCAGAUUUCUUCAACUGAGACUCGGGUCCUUGUUGAUAUUCGAGGGGAAAUGCCAAAAAAUUUAAAAGAAUACAUGAUUGAAAAUGUUCAUCCACAACUACCUGAUCAUUUAAAGGAACCAUUCUUAACAGCAGUUCAGAAUGAUCGUUUAAGGACUAUGCCAGCCAGCUUCUUGCCUCCUUCAGCUGUAAACAAAAAAGGUGUUCUUCUUUUAGGUGAUGCAUAUAAUAUAAGACACCCUCUAACUGGUGGAGGAAUGAGUGUUAUUUUAAAUGAUGUUAAAAUAUGGAGAAGUUUGCUCCAGGAUAUUCCAGACCUCUAUGAAGAUUCUGAUGUUCUUAAGGCAAAAAGAACAUUUUACUGGUCAAGAAAAAAAUCUCAUUCUUUUGUAGUGAAUGUUCUUGCCCAGGCACUUUAUGAGCUCUUUGCUGCCACAGAUGAUUCCUUGCACCAGCUAAAGAAAGCCUGUUUCCAUUACUUCAGGCUUGGUGGAAAAUGUGUCUCGGGUCCUGUUGGAUUGCUAUCUGUGUUAUCUCCUAAACCAAUGGUACUGAUUGGCCACUUCUUUGCUGUGGCAUUAUACGCUGUUUAUUUUUGCUUUAAGACCGAGUCCUGGAUCACCACGCCUCGAGCAUUUUUCAGUAGUGGAGCUAUUCUUUACCGGAGUUGCUCUAUAAUAUUUCCACUUAUUUACUCUGAAAUGAAGUAUUUAGUCUAUUAAAAUCCAGGGGGAAAUGACUGGAGGAAGAAAACAUGAAAAUCGCGAUGCCUUCAAAAUCUUUGGACAUGUACUAUUUAACAUUGUGUUUUCUUCUCUUCGAAAUGUGAUUUCCUUGAUAAGGAUUUGACUUAAUUUUGGUUUUGUGUUUAUAUACAUAUAUAUUAUAUGUAAAUUUUCCUUUCUUUAAAAUUGAAGUUCAAAAAGGAGUUAGCUGUUUACAAGGACUAUAAUUAAGUGUUGACAUGUGGUAGAUAAUUGCCAGUUUUGUCAGAAUUUCAUUCCUUGCUUUAUCUAUUGCCAAGUGCUCCACUAAUAUUAAUAAACUGAAAAGUGAAAACUGUAAACCA